AUGAGUUUUGGGUUACCGCCACUUAAAGUUAAACCUCAACCAGCAAGCGACAUUAAGGUUCAGGAUGGACCGUUUGGAAUUCCCAACCCAUUUGUGGAGGGUCUUGGGACUACAAAACCAAAAUUAGGCAUGUCACAUCCUCUAGAAGCCUCCGAACGAAAUUAUCACCUAAAUGAAGAAAAAAUGAAUAUGACAAUGCUGCGUAAUAUUCAAGGUCUUCAUGCACCACUGAAACUCACAAUGGAGAUGAAAUUUGCUAAGAAGAUUGGCAGAUUACCAUUCCUUCCAAGUUCAAACCUUCAGCAUGAUGUAAUCACCGGACGGUACUUAGAUAUUGGUUUUGAAGAUAUUCUUAACACGCCAGAUCUUUGCGAAAUCGCUGGCCAGCCACACGCUGUAGUAGAAAGAUCACUUGGCUUGCUGUAA